AUGAGCCCAAACAUACCCUACCUCACUCACCUGGCCCUCGCCAAGUUCUCCCAUACCACCACCCCCAUCGAGCAUGCCGGUCCACUGACCUGGCACCAUGUUAAUGGGAAUGGCGAGCUGCUCUGCAUCUUUGAAAAAUUGCCAGACAGCGUCUCAAUGCCUACCAGACUGAUACUGCGCGUGGUUCAACACCAGACCACACUGGUAUGA